AUGACUACCACCCCGGCUGGCAAGGCCAUGCGGCCACGGCUGAACACCACAACGAACUGGUCCCUGCAGAGAGAUCAGGCGGGCCGCCCGGAGCCGGAAGAGCUUUCCCCGCUGUCACCAAGGCGGGCUGCUGGGGAGUACGGCUGGGGACAACAAAAGGGGAGCCAUGGUCACGGAAACCGGGUGGAUGAGCAGCAGCAACCGCAGCAGCAGCAGGGUUCGGAGAGCUUGAUUAUGGAGACGCUCACUUCGAAACCUCGCGAUAGUCUUGGUGGCAUGCCGUCUGACAUGAUGGAGGAGUUGAGGAAGAUUAUCAAAGAAGAAGUUGCCCAAGUCGCUCAAGUCGCUCAACUGAAGACAAAUGAGACCGGCACCCCCGUCGACGCAGCUCGGUUUCCCCCCUUAUCUAGCCAGAAUUCCUCCUUCACGCCGGCGUACCCCAGCCCGCCCCCUUCCAUUAUCGACACAUUCGGCGCCUCCAAGAACUCAUCGCCACGAGAUCGCAGUCCGGAGCUCGCACACGCAAAGCCUUCGUCGGCGCCUCCUCCUCCGCCUCAGCAACCGUCGCCGCCAACGUCGGUUCCCGUGCCUGCGCUUCAGUCCACUCCGCCCAUCAGCCCACAGCAAAGGGGGGUUCACUUUAGAAAGAGGGCAUCACCAGUCAUUCAUUGCCAACCGCGUGUUGAAACGGAUAAUGAAGACGAGGUCUCGCCGACUGCUCCUACGUCGCCGCGAGUUGAGUUGAGUAGUGUUGACAAGGCGUGGGGUGUGCUGUUUGACUCGGAGGGAUAUCCUACCAAUCGACUGAACAGCGUGCUCAGGGGCCUCGCUAAUUUUAUGGUUACGGAGUUUGGGUCGCCAGACACACUCGUCGUUACUCCUGAUAAGAUGCUGAUGCUGUACACCAAAUACAAAGUCGAGCCUGAGAGGUUCCGAUAUGAAGACAUCUUCAAGUCUCGGUCCAAAGACGCAUUGGAGCGAAUCGAAUUCUUGUACCAAGAUCUAGACUGCCAAUACCAUCUCGUCCAGGCCGCACCUAGAUCUCACCCCAACAUCCCCGGUCUAACCCCCGCAGGCUUCGCGAAAUGGAUGAUCAGCAACAUCCUCGCCUACCCAGACCCGGAAGCCAGGCGUCUACACGCCAUCAUGACCGCCCUCCCCAUCAACGCCGACGGACCCCUCCUCAACGGCAAACCAGAGAGACUCCCCAGACAGCUAUCACGGCAUCUCUUCCCAGAGACCCACGAUAUGAAGGUCCGCAAGAUCAUCGACGAGGCCAUGUGGGACUGCCUCGAGGACGUCGCGCCGCCCCUGCCAUCCAUCCCGAAAUCUCGACCGGCUCCACCGCCCCAGGACGUGACCAGGCUCCCCGAGGCCAACACGCACACCCGCCGGUCCGGAAGCGACCUCCCCAAGCGCCCCGCAUCCCUGCCGCACCGAUCCAGGACAUACGACCGCGGCGCUCACCGCGUCGAGCCGCACCCGGCACGUCUCCCGCGCGCCAACUCGGACGCGGGCGUUUCCUUGCCUAGACAUCGUGACUUGCCUCCCCCUCCAGUCGGACGGCACUCGACUUCCUCUCAACGACAGCGAAGCCCGCCGCCGACGAACAGGUAUACCGCGUCGCUUCCCUCCAUCUCGCAGCACCACGUCAGCGGCGGUGGCGGCGCCGCGUCGCCUUCGCCUUCGUCGUAUGAUAUCCGCGGCGGGGCUGAUGCCAAUUACGGGGUGUACUCUGGUCGGGACAGGGACGGGCAUCGCGGUUCAGAGUCGAGGGAUGAGUCGCCGCGGUCUCCAGGGAAUGGAAGGCGCGGCGGCGGCGGUGGUGAUAGGGGUCCUACGUGGGAGGACGUGUAUAGUCGGAAGGGGUCUGCUGGGGGGAGGGGGUCGAGCGUUGAUGGGGGAUCUCAUCGGUCGUUCCGGUGA